AUGGCGGCCCAGAACGAGUUCGUGGCUGCGAUGACCAACCGGUCGCUCCGUACUAUUCAAACGGAGCUGGAAUUUCUUGCAGACAACUCGGUUAUCACGCCCCAGCAACUGUCGUCGAUCCUCGCUCAGCUACCAGAUCAUACUCCCCUGCGAGCUGCUCGGUCGCAGGCCGUUCAAUCGGCCCAACAGCUGCCAGUUCAGCCCGUGUCGGUGCCAUACUCGCCGCCGACCACUCAGUUCGCCAAUACCACCCUGAACGAGAAGACUGCGUUACAAGAGGCCUACAACCAGCCUCCCCCUCCUGCAUAUCAAGUACCCCCGGUUCUGUCGAUCGCUACAGCUCUAUAUGCCUACACACCAACAGAUACAGGCGAUCUGGCCUUGCAACCACGCGAUCGGAUCCAAGUACUAGAGCACAUGAACAACGACUGGUGGCGUGGCCGCAAUGAACGCACAAACCUAGAGGGUAUCUUCCCUCGGAGCUACGUGAAUGUCGUCGAGGAGAAGCCCACCAUCGUCGCUCCUCAGCCUACGAGCUAUGGUAAUUUGCCUCUGGAGAUCAGCCAGGGCACUUCUACCUCGGGUACCGAAGGAAAAAAGAGCAAAUUUGAAGAGCAAGGGAAGAAGUUUGGAAAGAAGAUGGGCAACGCUGCAAUCUUCGGCGCUGGUGCAACCAUCGGUUCCAACAUCGUGAACAGCAUCUUCUAG